AUGCCGUCAUGCAGGCAUCCCAAGAAGAGCCCCCGGAAAAACCAGCCAAAGAGCCCUGAAAAAGGCGCCAAGAGGGCCAAACCACCGCCGCCGCCUUUUUUCGCGGCCAGGAACCCGGGCCCCUCGAGCGCGAUCCCGUCCUCAUCGCCUGCCUUCGCGACGCCUGCACACCCGUUAAAGCCAUUCCAACCACCAGCUCCCGCGAAAGCAGCUGUUCUCCCCAUAAUCCUCCCUCCUGCGACAUUGAGGCCACUGGCAUUCCGGACCUUCACCAAGAAACACAGCUUGACGCUAACGUCCUCGGCGCUCCAGGAGCUGGCCACUUUUAUCGGCAGGCAUUGCGGCUCGGGAUGGAGGGAAGAGGGUCUCGCCGAGAAGGUCUUGGAAGAGGUCGCCCGGACAUGGAAGAAUCGCAAUGGCGGGGUCAUCGUGGAGGGCACCAGCCCCGAGCUGAAAGACAUCCUCAAGACCCUGGAGGGAAACAUGAGCGGCGGGAAGAUCCUGACAGGCCCCCGGGGUUUGAGUCGUCAGAACAGCUUGAUGUUUGAGCCGGCUGACGAUGCGGACCUCUCGAAGACCAGACAAGGACUGAGGCCGACAACAACGCUCGCACGGGAUGACAGCCAAACCAGCUUUGGCAUGUCUAGCAUGGACGUUGACGAGGAACCGGACGACGAGGAACUGCAGGAUGUUAGGAAGUGGCUCAAAGUUAUCAACGCCUUUGACCAGCCGCGGUACACAUACAACGUCGCGAAGAAACAUUUCGAGAAAGUCACUUCUAAACCAUCUAUCUUACCCUCUGCCUUGCACAAGACCGAGGCCUUCCGGAAUCGAUACAACGUUAUCCAUCAGCGACUGCUCCGCAACGAAUCCUUUCAGACAUCAACCGUCACAAGCUCUAGGAGCACCGUACUCCGUCGGGGCGCAUCCUCCGCUAUGCAGUCGCACAAGAUAACGCCUAUCGCAAACCUCCUCGGCCGCCACGGUACCAAUCACAUGCUACUCGGGAUGCUGGUCAUCUUGCCCACCGGAAACCUCGCCAUCAGCGACUUGACGGGGACCAUCACGCUCGACUUGUCGCAUGCAGUCGCCAUCCCGGAGGAUUCGGCAUGGUUCACGCCGGGCAUGGUGGUGUUGGUCGACGGUAUUUACGAAGAAGAGGAGGAGUCGACGGGCAAGGGGCUGAGCGGCAGCAGCGGUGUGGGAGGUACCAUUGGUGGCCGCUUCCAGGGGUUCUUCAUUGGCCAGCCGCCCUGCGAGAAGCGUCGCGCGACACUGGGAGUGAGUGGUCUGGAAGGCGGAGCGGAUCAUACCAUCGGGGGCGGCUUCGGAUGGAUAGACUUCCUCGGGGUAGGGAGUGAGCGGGCUGUCGGCUCUCGCAUGCGAAAGCUGGAACAGAGAUUAAUACGCCAGCCGUCGUUGGCAGAUCCAGACAGCCCCGGACGAAGUCGCAUGGUCAUCGUGGGCGAGCUGAACCUCGACCAGCCGCGCAGCCUGCAGGCAUUGAGGAAGAUCCUCUCUCUCUAUGCCACCGAUCCGGAAGGGUCGACUCCCAUGACCUUCGUCCUUGCUGGCAACUUCACUACCCACGCCGUCAUGGCCCGCGGCGGUAGCGGUGGGAGCAUAGAGUACAAGGAAUUCUUCGAUGCCUUGGCCUCCACGCUAGCCGACUUCCCCAUGCUCCUGACCACAGCAACCUUCAUAUUUGUCCCCGGCGACAACGACGGGUGGGUGUCGGCAUUCUCAGGGGGCGCCGCCGUUCCGCUCCCGAGGAAACCCGUGCCGGAUCUUUUUACCUCCCGAAUCAGGCGGGUCUUCACGGCAGCCAACGCUGAAGCAGGGCUGUCCUCCGCCGAAAACAAAGGGGGCGAAGCCGCUUGGACCACGAACCCUUGCCGCCUCUCGCUCUUCGGACCCAACCAUGAGAUCGUCCUCUUUCGAGACGAUAUCUCAGCCCGUCUUCGCCGCUCCUCCGUCCGCCUCAAGAGCAAGGCCGCCGCCGCCGCCGCCAACGACGACGAACCACAACCACAGCCACAGGGGGACAAUGACGACGUGACCAUGUCUGGCGCCAACCCCGCCGCCGCCCCCUCCUCUCCUUCCCGACCCGACGCGAUGGACGUCGACCCUAUCCCCCAGGAUCAGCAGACCCCACCCUCCAGUCCGGGGCAGCCUCCCAAAGACGACGUACCGUACGACGUUCUUGCCGCCCGCAAACUCGUCAAAACCCUCCUGGACCAGGGCUAUCUUGCCCCCUUCCGCCAGUCCAUCCGCCCCGUGCACUGGGACUACACGUCAGCGCUGUAUCUGUACCCGUUGCCGACGGCCCUGGUGCUGGUGGACACGACCGCGCCGGCCUUCUGUGUGACCUACGAGGGCUGUCACGUCAUGAACCCCGGGAGCAUCCUGGUCAGUGGUCGGCGGGGCGUGGCGAGAUGGAUCGAGUACGCGGUGGGGACGGGAAAGGGGGGUAGGGUUCGGGAGUGUACCUUCUGA